AUGAGCGACUGGCGGCCUGCAGAUCCACGGAAGCCUUCCGGCCCGGACUGGGACUCAAGCGACGACGACGAGUUCUCGGCCUCGCGCGAGCAGCACCGCUCGCAGGUGGCGUCCGUGCUGACGCAGCUGCCGCGCGCGGCCCCGGAGGACGACGACGCCGACACGGCUCCGAGCGUGCAGUCGACGGCGCUCACGACGUACAGCUCGUCGGGGCUGGACGGGCUCUACGAGUCCUCGGGCUACACGAGCAACGGCAGCAGCAGCUACGCCAGCUCGUCGGGCUACAGCCGCCCCCGGAAGGUCUUCACGGGGCUGUCCAACCAGGGGGCCACGUGCUACAUGAACAGCCUGCUGCAGAGCAUGUUCAUGACGCCCGAGUUCCGCCAGGGCCUGUACAACUGGACGUGCCACCGCGCGGCCAAGAAGGCGGAUGAUGAGGAAGAAGAAGAGGCAGAUGAAGAUAACAUCCCGUUGCAGCUGCAGAACCUGUUCGCCAAGCUGCAGCUGACGACGCAGGACUCGAUCUCCACCAAGGCGCUGACCAAGAGCUUCGGCUGGACGGGGGCCGACGUGUUCCAGCAGCACGACGUGCAGGAGCUCUGCCGCGUGCUGCUGGACGCGCUCGAGCGGUCGUUCAAGGGCACGGUGAACGAGACGCUGGUGAAUGAUUUGUACCAGGGAUCCUUGAAGGAUUACGUGCAGUGCUGCGAGUGUGGCUACGAGAGCUCGCGCAUUGAUAACUUUCUGGAUUUGUCGCUCGUGAUCCGACCUUUUGGCUCCACCGAGAUGAUGAAGACCGUGGAGGAGGCCAUCGAGCUCUUCUUGAGGCCCGAAGUGCUCAACAAGGAGAACCAGUGGAUGUGCGACAGGUGCAAGGUCAAGCGCGACGCCAUCAAGGGACUCAAGUUCUCCAAGCUGCCGUACAUUUUGAUGCUGCAGCUGAAGCGCUUUGACUUUGACUACGCCACGAUGAGCCGCAUUAAGUUGCACAACAAGGUGACGUUCCCCAAGUACCUGGACAUGAACUCGUACGUGAGCGACGAGAAUGGUGGCGUCCGUGGCAAGAUCGCCAGAAAAAUGUCCAUGGAGCGCCACGUCUUGGAGGAUGACGAAAAGAGUGACAACGACGACGAUGAGGAGGACGAAGGAGAGGAGGCCGCUGCUUUCGAUACGUGGAGCUCUACGUUCGACCCCGAGGUCAUGAUUAAGCGCUCGGGACCGCACGUGUACGAGCUGUAUUCGGUCCUUAUUCACUCUGGCAGCGCAUUGGGUGGACACUACUAUGCAUACAUUAAAUCCCUGGAUACCGGUAAGUGGUACAACUUUAACGACUCGAACGUAAGUGAGAUUUCAGACACGGAACUGCAGACAGCUUUCGGAGGCGCGAGUGGCUCGGGAUACAGCAUGCGCUACAGUACGUGUGCGUACAUGCUCCUGUAUCGACUGGUGAAUGCCGACAAAAAUGUGAACGUGAUCCUGCCUGAGAGCAUCCCGCAGUAUUUGAAGGACAAGAUCCGCGCAGACGAAGAC